CUGAAAUUGAAAAAAAAAAGAUGACUGGGGAGUCCCCGCCUGUGGCGAACCGGGGGGAAUGAAAUUUGAAAACGUCCGAAAACCAAGUGGAACUAUUGUAUUGAAGCGUUCCCCGUCUGAUCGGCAAUGGUGUACGGUGCCGCCUCAGGGGCUAUGCUUAAAAGAAGAAGCGCUUUAUCAUUGUAUACACGUCAGUCAUGCGCAUUACUCUGCCGUCACGGAACACGAACACAGCCACUUUCAUACAGCCUUGUUUCCCGAUCAUCGCGAACGGAUCGCAUAGCCGUAGAGAAACCACGUAAACAAUUUUCAGACACGUACGAUGCGAAAACCGUGGAAAAGGGAUGGUACCAAUGGUGGGAGAGCCAAGGUUUUUUCAAAGCUUCUAGUGCCGAUUAUUACCCUGAUCAAAAGCGAGGUUCUUACACCAUGCUCACGCCACCACCCAAUGUCACUGGAUCCCUUCACAUUGGCCAUGCUCUCACAGUCAGCAUAGAGGAUUGUAUGGUACGCUGGCGACGCAUGUGCGGCUACGAUGUCGCCUGGAUUCCAGGCACCGACCAUGCCGGCAUUGGUACACAAUCGGUGGUUGAGAAAAUGCUCAUGCGGGAACGUAAUGUCACACGGCAUGACCUCGGGCGAGAAGCUUUCGUGAAGGAAAUAUGGGAAUGGCGACAAAAGUACGGCGAUCGCAUUCUUUUACAAAUGAGACGUAUGGGAGCUUCCGUCGACUGGGACCAAGUCUUCUUUACGAUGGAUCAGCCUCGAUCUGAAGCUGUCCAAAACGCAUUUAUUCGCUUGUUCGAGGACGGACUCAUUUAUCGCGAAACCCGACUUGUCAAUUGGUGUUGUGCUUUGGAGACUGUUAUUUCAGAUAUUGAGGUCGAUUACAAAGAGAUUCAAGGUCGUACGUUGCUGCAAUUACCGGGACGAUCCAAAGGGGUUGAAUUUGGUGUCUUGCAUAAUUUUUCGUAUCCCAUUGUGGACCCCGAUCCCAAUGGGUUGCAACAUCUAACGGUGUCGACAACACGUAUUGAAACCAUGCUGGGUGAUUGUGCCGUAGCCAUCCAUUCAAACGAUCCCAGAUACAAGGGUCUUCAUGGUAAAUUUGUGCGUCAUCCUAUCUUGGGCACGCAGUUACCUAUUGUGUGCGAUGAUCAGCUUGUCGAGAUGGAAUUUGGUACUGGCGUCGUUAAGGUGACGCCAGCGCAUGACCCAAACGAUUACGCAUGUGCGCGUCGGCACAAUUUACCCAUGGUCAGCAUGUUUGACAAGCUGGGGAAACUGAAUGAACAUUGUGGUCUCCCUGAACUUGUGGGGCAAGACCGAUUUGAUGUUCGUGAGAUCGUAAUUAAGAAGCUUCAAGAGUUGGGUUGUUAUGAAGGAAGAAAUGAUAAACAUGCCAUGCGCGUCGCUGUUUGCUCUCGUUCCGGCGACAUCAUUGAACCUUUACUUCAACCGCAGUGGUACAUUCGCUGCCAAGAGUUGGCUGCCGCUUCAAAGGAAAAGGUGGAGAACGGGGCUAUGCAAAUCCAUCCAAGUUACCAUGUGCAGGAAUGGAACCGUUGGCUAGAUAAUAUCCAAGACUGGUGCAUUUCUCGCCAGUUAUGGUGGGGUCAUGAGAUUCCCGCCUAUCAAAUUAUUAUGGACCAUCCUCAACGACAAGAUAAAGACUAUUGGGUGGUGGCCCCUGAUUCCGUCAUUGCCGCGGAGAAAGCGCAGAAGCUUUUGGAAAAAGAAGGAUUUGGCAGAAAUACAUCGUAUCAGCUGCAAAAGGAUGAGGAUGUUCUUGAUACAUGGUUCUCUUCCGGUCUGCUACCGUUAUCCGCGUUGGGAUGGAAAGGUCAUCCCAAUGAUCCCAUCCCGCCGCGAUAUCCUUUGCAAUUGAUGGAAACCGGGUUUGAUAUUCUGUUUUUCUGGGUGGCACGCAUGGCCAUGCUUGCGCAUCACUUUACUGGCAAGGCGCCGUUUGAAAAUGUGUAUCUGCAUGCAAUGGUACGAGAUUCACAAGGACGCAAGAUGUCCAAAUCACUGGGCAACGUGGUGGAUCCCCUGCAUGUGAUCGACGGAGUCAGCUUGGACGUGAUGAAAGACAAUUUAUUACACAGUAAUCUGCCCAAAAAGGAAAUUGCCACGAGCAUCAAGAAUAUGGAAAAAGAAUAUCCGAAUGGUAUACCAGCCUGUGGUACUGAUUCAUUACGGUUUGCUCUGGUAGCAUACACGCAACAGACUCGACAAAUUAACAUGGAAAUGAAUAACGUGGUGCAAACCAGCUACUUCUGCAAUAAGUUGUGGAAUUUAUUCAAAUUUGGUCUUGGAAGAUUGGAAAAGGAGGGCUUUGCAGUGGCCAGCAAUCCACUGGAAGGAGUGAAUCCGGCGCAUAUUUCUCUCGCCAAUCGGUACAUCUUAUCACGCAUGGCCGAUGCAGUAGCGCGAUGCCAGAACGGGUUUGAGAACUAUCGUCCGUUUGAAGCAGCUGAUGCGUUACGCCGAUUCGUUGUGGAGGAUGUGUGCGAUGUGUACGUGGAGUUUUCAAAAACCGCACUGAAUAAAGCUGAUCUUGCGGCUGCCGAGAAGGAAACAACGUUACAUAUUCUGCACGCGUGCAUGGAUACAUCGCUAAGAUUAGCUCAUCCUUUGAUGCCGUUUAUCACAGAGGAAUUAUGGCAACAUAUGAAGUCUAUUUUACCUUGUACACACGUCAAAUCCCAACCCCCUUCCAUCAUGUUGGAAGCGUACCCGGCCGCGGAUCAGUAUGCACACUUGCACAGUGAACAAGUCGAAUCCCAUUUCAAGAUUGUGCUUGCCAUCAUUCAUGCAUCACGGUCGUUGCGCCAAGGCCAUCAAAUCAGUGUUAGUAAAGAAUUACCUUUUAUUAUCUAUUGCGAUAACCCGGGAUUGGUUACGUCCGAUGGGCCGCUCGCAUUGUACGCUGAAGAAAUCAAAAACCUUGUCAAAGCGUCAGAACUACGCAUUUUGGAUGCCAAGGUUGACUCAUCGCUCGAAGGGUAUACCGUAAAAGCUAUUGACGAUCAUCUCAAAAUCCUCGUCCCCACACAAGCGGUCGUACGCGCUCAGCUGGAAUGUGCGGCCGCAAAAGGUGCCGAUGUGACUCAAUUGGUCGAGACGAAAAAGAAGCUUCUGGAGAAGAAGUUAACCAAGAUCUCCAAGGAGAUGGAAAAAUUGACGGCGCGAAUUACUAAAUCUGAAUACACGGCAUCGGUGCCGAAGCAUAUACAAGAUAAGGAUAGACAACGGAUUAAACUGCUUAUUCUGGAAAAAGAAACGGCACAGAACGACCUGAAACUGUUGAAUAGUGCAUUCACGUCGUAAUGAGGUGCACAAAAUAUUGGAUUUGAUCUCUGAAGAAAAUUCGGCGCAUGCCCCGCCCCGCCCAUUCUUUUUUCUCUCAGCGGAAUCGGAAGGUCACGUGGAAAUAUGAAUCAAUUGGAACGCUGUGGCGGAAAAGAGAUAGAAAACAAAAAAAAAAUCAGGGGUGGAGCCAAUCACAUCGCUUGUAUAGUAUACUCGGGACCGCGAAAGUGAGGAAAAGGUGCCGAAUCCGUAAAAGGAUGAUUAUUUCCAAUAAGAAAAGAAAAAAAAAAUUACUUGCG